UUUGAUUCCAGCAUUGACUAUACUUUGUGUCUUGUGAGGCAUUCUGUGUGUGUUUUAAUGCCAUUUUUGUCAUUUCAUGUUCAUGUUUUACAUAACUAUCAUAUAAUAAAAUGAAUGUAAGAACAUAAUUCAUACAAAGUUUUUACGUGUAGUCUUCAUUUUAGAGAUUCUGAAGAUUCUGUUUAUAAAUACUUUAUAGUGACAAAAUCUCAUAUAUUAUAUGAAAUUUUAAUUUUUGUAACUAUAGUGAGAUUCAUAACAACCAAAAAAAAUCUUCUUAAGGAAUUGUGUGCUGGAUACUUGUGUUUUCAAUAUUACUGUCCAUUAGUUAUUCAACAGUUUCCAUGUUCAAGUCAUUCAUUUCAUCAUUUAAAGCAGUGGCUAAGGUGAGGAAUGUGUUGAAGGGAUUAUAGCAUAUUGGAAUUGUUUUGAGUUAAACAAUGGGGUAAUACAGAAAUGUCUAUGAUUGCUUUUGGAUUUUGAUGAUUUCAUGCAAAAUCCAACAUAAGUAAAAUAGAGUCUGCAAUAUUCCUAAACUGUAGAAUUUAGCUCAAUUCACAUAAUCAAGCAAAGAAAUUUCUUCAGAUGAAUGAACAACAAAACAACAGGAUUUCAAUAAUGAACUUCGGACAACAGCUUUUGGGUCAAGAUGGGAACCAAUUUCAAACGAACAGUGCAUGGGUACCUAUCACCCCUGAAAAGCCCAUUCAAAUAAGAUCUAACACAGCAUCAGACUGGCAAGCAGACCAAAUGAGAAGAGCGAAUUAUCAAGAAUUUCCUGUACCUGGAAGAGACUACAUGAAUGAGACACUGAUGCAUUACCAUGGAGCUUAUCAGAAUCCCCAUCUCAUAGGGCAGACAGGUCAAAUUGGAGAGUACAACAAUUUUGGCGGCAUCUCAGUCAAUAGAAACAAUGCUAGCAAUCACAUUGCAGGCUCCUACAAUCAGGCACAGCAUUAUGAGAGCAACGGAUUUAACAAUAAUACAUUGGAACAACUGCUCAAGAAGAAUGCAACUGAUAUAGCUACUGCUAACAUGAAUUUGGAUACAAGUAUCAGUAUGGCAGCAAGAAAUCCACUGCUACCAAAAUUUUAUCCUCAGUCUAGCAGUGGUGCGAGUUAUUCCUACGCAGCUUCAAACAAUGUGUAUACAGAAGCAACUGGACUUAUCACUCCAAAUAGGAAUUUUGAAUUUAGUGGCAGCAACACAGACAAUUUGCUCAACAAUAAUAUUCACUGCUCAGUCUCAAACCAACUGAACGGCAUUUUCUCUGAAGCAUCCUAUGGUCAAACUUUUCCUGAGCCUUAUAUGAACUAUGUGCCAAAUGCAGAAGCUCAUGCUACCACUAGUUUCACCAAUUACCUCCAAUCAAUACCAGAAACAGUGGAUCAGCUCAAGUUUGUGGAAAACCAGAUUUGUCCUGUUCCAGAUUACACGGUAGCUGAAAGCACAAGUCAUGAGAAAGAUUUCGUUCCAUGCACAGAGAAUGAAAUCCAAGAAUAUAGUGAUGGGCUUCUACAGCAAAUUGUAGAUUCUUCAUCAGCAAUAACCUCUACAACACAGGGGGAUCAGAAAGCUUCUGUCAGCAACAUCUGUGACAAUGGAAGUAAUGAGAUUUUUGACCUGAACAAGACACCUGAGCAGAAAUUACCUAGGCGCAGAAAGCAUAGGCCAAAGGUAAUUAGAGAGGCCAAGCCCAAAAAAAAUACAAAUCAUGCAAGUCAAAAGACAGAGAUUAAGGAAACCCCGCGCAGAAAAAGAAAGAAUGUCUCAGAAACUGCAGAAACACCGAAGGCAGAUGUCAUAAAAGACAUUUGUGAUUCAACUGCCGCAACUACAAAAUCCUGCAGGAAAGCUCUAAAUUUUGACUUAGAAAAUAGUUCAAAUGAAAGCCAGAGCAGCAAGGUUUUUCAGGAAGAGAUGCAUAGUGGAGCAAGUAAGAAGUACAAUACAAACUCAGCUUUGACAAUCAGCCAGCAGGAUGAACUUGGAGUAGAAAACUCGCAAGCCAGGAACACAAAUGAUAUCACAUUUCUAUUGGAAGGAAAUGUAACAAAUUGUUUCUUGUCGGAAAGGGAAUCAACCAUAACCUUGUCCAAAACUACAGAACAGCAGAUAGCAAAAUUUUCAGUCACUGAGAAAGGUCCAGCACAAGGAAAUUCUGGUUUAAGGGAAGAAAGGAAUAGUGGGUGCAUGCAGCAAUACAUUAAUGCAAAUGAAACUGACAACACUCUCUUACAAUCAGAAACAUGUUUUGAGAACACUCAGGAAACAGGGGAAUUGAUUUUUGAAAAUAUGUUCCAGUUGCCUAACAUUCUAUCCAAUUCCACUGAAGCAAAGGGUUCCAAGAGAAAGUAUUCCAAAAGCACCAAGAACCAACAUAACUCGGCCAAAAAUCCACUUGGUACUACCUUGUGCCAAGAGAUUUCACAAGUGGAUGGAAACUUCAAAGGUGCAACUCUUGCCACAGGUUUGUUAAAAAAUAAAAGGAAAAGAACUCAAAAACUCCAAUCAAAAGUUCGCAGAGGAUCUUCCAGCCAAAGAAAGCCUAAAGAUGAUUCACAGAAAGUAAGAAAAAAUGAAAAAAAGGGGGUUCAAUCACAUAAUGAAGUAAUGCCAAACAGCUGUAUUGAAAGCAGUGUACUUGUAGAGAAGCAAAACAGUGGAGCCAGCACUGGUGAUUCAUUUGCUAUCUCAGGGGAACCGCACCAGAUACAUUCCACCCUGGUAGACAACAUAAUUUGCCAACUCAAUAGUCUCAGUCUCAACGAGGGCAACAGAUCAGAGAGGGAAGAACAAAAAGCACUUGUCCCAUAUAAGGGAGAUGGUUCUAUUGUACCCUACCAAGAAUUUGAAUUUGGAAAGAAACAUAAACCAAGGCCUAAAGUGGACCUUGAUCCAGAAACAGAGAGAACCUGGAAACUGUUGAUGGGGAUCGAAGGAAGUGAAGACCUUGAAGGAACUGACAAGAAAAAGGAGAAGUGGUGGGAAGAGGAAAGAAAUGUAUUCCGUGGACGAGCUGAUUCCUUCAUUGCACGGAUGCAUCUUGUUCAAGGAGAUAGACGCUUUUCAAAGUGGAAAGGAUCUGUGGUUGACUCGGUGAUCGGUGUUUUUCUCACUCAGAAUGUCUCAGACCAUCUUUCAAGCUCUGCCUUUAUGUCUUUAGCAGCAAGGUUUCCUCUUAAAUCAAAAAGCAGCCAGAGAACAUACGAUAUUGUUGUCACAGACCCAUCGGUUGAAGAGCCACAACACUGCAUAGUAAACCCAGUUGACUCAAUAGCAUCAUAUGAAAGAGGAACAUUAAAUCCACCAACCUACUAUAUCGACUUUGAGAAGCCACAUCAUACAGGAGAGUAUUGGAGAGACAGGGAAACUUCAAGGAUAAACGAGAGCCUAAUACAGCCAAAUAAUCAUAGCUCAGAGGAAGAACUCUUAUCAUCACAAGAUUCUCUUGACUCCUCAGUUACUCAAGAUACCAGAAUUAGAACCAAUUCAAAAUCAGAAGUACGUAACAGUGGCCGUGAACCCAGCAGGGAUCAGUUCUUAACUUCAAAUUCUUUACAGGUAGGAAAGGCCACUAUGUUUCAGGAAUUUUACCAUAGUGUAAACGGAGUAUCACUAUUUGACGAGAGCGCCAAUGGAAAGCUGCAACAACAACAUGUGAAACAAAGUUCAAGAGUAGGCAGUAAUGAUAUUCACAGUUUCCACUCAGCAUCUGGUCAUCCCUGCAGCUUUGGUUAUCCACAAAAGCAACAACUACCUGUAGCUCCUCCAACAGACUAUGAGUCAUAUUACUCAUACAUACAGGGUCUGAACACUUUUCAAAUGAAUGGUGAGGAGUUUUCUUGGCCUGAAACUGUUUCCAUACACAGUGAAUUUCAAGACAACAAUUAUAUGAGAUUUGGCAUCAAGGGAGUAGGAGAUAGUGUGGAUAAACCCACUGAGAUGCAGCGUGGAAAUGGAACAUUAGGGUCUUCAGUCCCUAUAGGAGAUACUUCUCAAUCCAUAUCUCAUACAAAUUAUAAUCAACCUUCACCUAACCAUCACUUUGUGAGUCAGAAAACCUUCCAGUCAGAGGGCGGAACAUAUGCAGAAUCAUCAAAUACUUCUCACAUAUUGGGUAAAGAUCAUGCAGAGAACGAUCACAGCAAUACACUUACGUAUGCAGAAGAAGUUUUUGACAGUGAAAAAAUUAUAUCCACGGAGCAAGUAUGUUCUGAUAAUAUUCAAGCUAAACCAAAGGCAGGGAAGCAAGUUUAUUCUCCAGGCAAAAAAGACAAAGAUGGAAAACUCAAGGUGCGAAAAGCAAGGAAAACGAAACCUGAGGCCAACAAAAAGCCUGCAGAAGACUGGGACAAUCUAAGGAAGGACGUACAUGAAAAUGGGGUAAAGAUAGAAAGAAGUGUAGAUACAAUGGAUUCACUGGACUAUGAAGCAGUAAGAUGUGCUUCUGUUAAAGAGAUAUCUGAUGCUAUCAAAGAACGAGGGAUGAACAACAUGCUAGCAGAACGAAUCAAGGAAUUCCUGAACAGACUGGUUAGAGAACAUGGAAGCAUUGACCUUGAAUGGUUAAGACAUGCCCCCCCUGAUAAAGUGAAGGACUAUCUUCUAAGCAUGAGAGGGUUAGGGUUAAAAAGUGUGGAAUGUGUACGGCUUCUGACACUUCAUCAUCUUGCUUUCCCAGUUGACACCAAUGUUGGAAGGAUAGCCGUUAGACUUGGAUGGGUCCCUCUCCAACCACUUCCUGAAAAACUACAAAUACACCUCCUUGAAUUGUAUCCAGUGCUGGAGUCUAUUCAAAAGUAUCUUUGGCCAAGAUUGUGCAAGCUUGAUCAAAGAACCUUGUAUGAGCUACACUACCAGAUGAUUACGUUUGGAAAGGUUUUCUGCACAAAGAAAAAACCAAAUUGCAACGCAUGCCCGAUGCGAGCAGAGUGCAGACAUUUUGCCAGUGCUUUUGCAAGUGCACGGCUUGCCUUGCCAGGACCAGAAGAGAAGCAAAUUGUGAGCAUGCCAGUUCCAAUUGCAGAUGAGAGAAGCCUUCCAAAUUUGAACCCGCUGAUCCUACCUCUCCCUGGGAACAACACGAGCAUAGAAGCAAGUCUUAAAAGUAGGAAGUGUGAGCCAAUCAUUGAAGAACCAGCAACACCAGAACAUGGUACAGAGGCAUUGGAAAGUGAUAUUGAGGACUUCUUUUGGGAGGAUCCUGAUGAAAUUCCUACUAUCAAUGUCAAUCUCGAAGUGUUCGCAAAGAGUUUACAGAACCAUAUGCAAGAACAUGAAGGUGACCAGUCUAGGGCCCUUGUUGCCUGGAAUCCACAGUCUGCUUCUAUCCCUACACCAAAACUGAAGAACGUGAGCCGGCUAAGGACAGAACACCUAGUAUAUGAACUUCCGGAUUCACACCCUCUGUUGGAAAAGAUGGAUAAGCGGGAGCCUGAUGACCCAAGCCCAUAUCUUCUUGCAAUAUGGUCACCAGGUGAGACUGCAAAUUCCAUUGAACCACCACAAAGGAAGUGCGGAGACUCAACCAACCUGUGCAAUGACAAGACAUGCUUUUCAUGCAACAGCAUUAGAGAAGCAAAUUCACAGAUUGUGAGAGGAACACUUCUGAUACCGUGUCGAACAGCAGCAAGGGGAAGUUUUCCGCUGAAUGGAACUUACUUUCAAGUUAAUGAGUUGUUUGCGGAUCAUGCAUCCAGCGUUAAACCCAUCGAUAUCCCUAGGGAAUGGAUCUGGAAUUUGCCAAGGAGGACGGUAUACUUUGGAACCUCUGUAUCGUCAAUUUUCAAAGGUCUUUCAACUCAAGAAAUUCAGCAAUGCUUUUGGAGAGGAUUUGUUUGUGUAAGGGGAUUUGAUCAACAGAAACGAGCACCUCGUCCACUUUUUGCCAGAUUGCAUUUUACAGAAAAUAAAUUGGCAAAGUCAAAAAAGUGAAAAACAAGAAUAAAGCAUACUUUUUUUUUAUCUUACAUGCAAAAAGUACAAAGUUUUUCUGUUUAGGAUGUGAACUUGUUGCAACUACUGUACAUCAUUUCUAUUCAAGCACAAAAUUGCAAUUGUGAGAUUAUACCAAAGCAAUUGUGACUAUUGCAUUAUUAUUAUGAUUAUCAAUAGAGAAAGAUUAAACUCGUUA